CGCGUUCUAUUGUUGCACGCUGACACACACAUAAGCACAAAAAGACACCAACUUUUUCGCUCCUUCCUUGCAUUUAUUCAUUCACAUUCUCCUCAAAACUUACUAUUAUUUCCUCACAAAAUAAACAAAAAAAAAAUCUUUCCUUAUUGUUUUCCGUGUUUCCUUUGUUUCAUAGCUUCUGGGUUUUGGUUUUCAGACCCACAAUACAAAGUUCACAAGUGUGUGUAAAGAUUGAAGAAGAAAAUGACCGUAGAGAAGAAAAUGAAUGAUUCCGGCGACGAGUUUCCCGUCGGAAUGCGUGUUCUCGCCGUCGACGAUGAUCCCACUUGCUUAUUGGUUCUGGAAACUCUCCUCCGAAGAUGUCAAUAUCAUGCAACCACGACUAAUCAAGCAAUAAAGGCGUUGGCGCUGUUGAGAGAACACAAAGACAAGUUUGACCUGGUAAUUAGUGAUGUGCACAUGCCAGACAUGGAUGGAUUUAAGCUGCUUGAGCUAGUGGGACUUGAGAUGGAUCUUCCUGUCAUAAUGUUAUCUGCAAAUGGUGAUACGAAGCUGGUGAUGAAGGGGAUUUCUCAUGGGGCCUGUGAUUAUCUGCUGAAACCUGUAAGAAUGGAGGAGCUCAAGAACAUUUGGCAGCAUGUAAUCAGGAGGAAGAAGUUUGACUCAAAGGAGAAGAACAAAACCCGCAACAUAGACAAACCUACUUCAAACAGUAGCAAUGGACUAGGGUCAUCAGGAACAGGAAAUUCUGAUCACAAUGAGAAGCUGACUAAGAAAAGGAAGGAUCAAGAUGAAGACGAAGAUGAGGAGCAGGAGAAUGAUCAUGACAAUGACGACCCAUCAGCCCAGAAGAAGCCUCGGGUUGUUUGGUCUGUGGAGCUGCACCGCAAAUUUGUUGCUGCCGUUAAUCAGCUAGGCAUUGACAAGGCUGUACCUAAAAAAAUUCUCGAUUUGAUGAAUGUUGAAAAGCUUACAAGGGAGAAUGUGGCAAGCCAUCUUCAGAAGUAUAGGCUUUAUCUGAAAAGAAUUAGCUGUGUGGCUAACCAACAAGCCAAUAUGGUGGUGGCCUUAGGGGGUGCCGAUCCAUCCUAUUUGAGAAUGAAUUCUGUGAGCGGGGUUGGACAUAUACAAUCAAUAAGUGGUUCUGGACAGCUUCAUAACAAUGCUUUCAGAUCCUUUCCACCUAGUGGGAUAAUUAAUAGAUUGAAUACUCCUGCUGGUUUAAAUGUGCAUGGAUUUCCUUCUGGAGUACUUCAAUUGAGUCAAUCACAAAAUUUAAAAAACACAAAUGAUAAUCUUAAGUUCCUGUCAGCCAUUGUUCCUGCUAAUCAGAAUGGUGUUCAUGGAAUGACAGUAUCUGUAGGGCUUGAUCAACUGCAAAACAAUAAGGGUGUUAUGUCUGUUCAAAACCUGACUACUGUUUUUGAUGCCAAAACAACUUUUCCCAUCUCGAAUAAACUCCCAGAUCCAAGACCAAAAAUAACCAACUCUGGCUCUCACACUCCAGAUGUGAGUUUCUCAAACAAUGCCUUGAUGUUGGAACCACGCCCUCAAGGCACACAAGGGAGUGUAAGAAUUGAAACUUUAUCUUCUUCAGUAGCCUCUCAACAUUCAGAAUUUUCUUUGUCUUUGCUGGAUCAAGGUAGAUAUAGUGAUAAUUGGGCAAGUACUGUGCAGCCAUCUGUGAUCCAGACAAACUCUUACCCUCCAAGUGAAUGUUUUGGACAGACUAAUAUACCUCCUACAGAUAACAUGGCUUCUGUACCCUUGCAAGGUGGGAAUCUAAGUGGUGCGUCCAUCACUUCACUGUCCAGGCAAUCCCAUGAUUCAAUGACAGAUAUGCACUCUGAAGGAGUGACUUUUACCAACAGACCUGGGCAUAUAAGCAGUAAUGUGCCAUAUCAAGGGUGGCAUGACAAUAAUCAGGAUGCUACUCACCAUUCAAAUAUUUUGUCAAUAAACUCACUGACUCCAGUCAAUGGUGCUGCUGUUCCAGCUGGCCAUGCAGCAAUGAACUCAGCCUUACACAGAAACUUGGACUUUAAUUAUUGUGAUCCCUUACAAAUGAAGCAUGAGGGGUUUGUGGAGUUAGCUGACGAGGCCUUAUCGAAACAACAUCAGGGGAAUAUCAUGAACCUACCGAAAUCUCAACAAAGUCAUUUCUCUAAUAAUCUUGGUUCACUGGAAGACUUGGUCAGUUCAAUGAUGAAACAGGAAAAUGAUAAGAUGAAAUUAUUGGAUGGAAACCUCAUUUGCAAUAAUUACUCUGGUGGGUUAUCUCGAUGUGAUAGCAGGUUUAGCAGCACAUUCCAGAAUAUCAUGCAUCCUCGCUGAUGAAUUUUUUUUGUAGUUUUCAUCGUGUUUUAAGGGCUUUAGCUUUUGUCUUCUCGUAGUUACUAUAGGAUUUAGCUUCUCCAGAUUACUUUGUUCUCUAGGUUUGGUCCUCUAAGGGCUUUCUAUUUUUUAAACAAAUGCAUUGUUGUCCUUGCCUUGAGUCCAGCAAUGCAAUAUGGAGUGUUAUUGAUCACUUUGUUUAAUCUCCUUAGAUAUGUUGGCCUUCAAAUUGGACAUAGAUCUUCUGUCACAGCCACACUUGCAGCGAGGAGAGAGACACAAGGUCCUGGUGGAGCCCAUCACACAAAUGGGAUCCACUUGAACCCUGUGUCUUUUUCAUGCCUUGAUGCUUGGUGUAGGUGUGGCAGCUUGAGAGAGAUCAGGGAUUGCAAAUUUAAAUGUUAGGGAUCCAUAAACAAGAUUAUAGUGAUUAAGUUGAAUGACAAUAAACACGAAUUCCCCCUUUUAUGCUUGGAAAUGUUGUCUAUUAAAAUUACACAUUCAAUAUUA